AUGGCGUCUGACGACGACGAUCUUACUACGUUUUAUGCGAAUUUACCAUCGAUAUUUGAAAGUGAUUCAACAACAUCUAUUGAACAUUCGCCUAAUAAUCUAACUACAAUUAUCGAUAAUGAAAAAACUUAUCAGCCAAUGUUUGGUUCAUUCUUAUUUGCUGAUUCCGAACCAUUUACUAGAGCAGCAUUUGUCACAUCAAGCGAAAUAAAACCAACACAAGAACAAGUAGAAGAAGAACAACAACAACAACAAGAUGAUGAUAAUUGUAAUUCACAAGAAAAUAGUAAUAAUAUUUUACCUACAUCAUCACUUCCACCAUUAGAACCCGUUGAAGAUAUCGAUGAUUUUGAUGAUGAUGAAGAUGAUUUUGAUGGUAUACCAAUACGAUAUACUUCUACGACAAUUAAACCAAAUCUUAAUGGUGAUGAAGAUUUAUAUAGUCAUCGAUCUGAAGAUAAUAAUUUAUUAGAUAGAUUUAUUCAACAGAUUGAAAUUAAUCGUGAAAAUAUUGAUAAUAAUGGUGAUGGUGAUGAUGAUCAUGAUGAAGUUGAAUCAAUUUUAAAUGAUUUUCAAGAUGAACAACAAGAACAAGAUGAUACAAUAACAAUACCAAAUUUACUUAAAGACAUUCCUGAUAUUGAUGAUUUAGAUGAACAUGAAGAAAAAGAUAAUGAUAGAAUACCAUUUGAUCAUAUGGAUAUACUUGAUCAAUCAGAAUCACUACGUUCAUCAUCGCCUGAUUCUCUCCUAUCAUCGUCACAUUUGCAUGACGACGAUGAUGUUGAUGCUGAUGAUGAUGAUGAACCAGCUAUAGAUAAUCAUAAUAACGAUGAUGAUGAUGACGACGAUGUUACACAAUGGAAUGAUGAUUUUCUUCUUGCAAAAUCAACUUCACAUAAUGAUCGACCCAAUGCUCCGUUACCGCCACCAUUAGUUUUAAAUAUGCAUUUACAUGAUCAAGUGGAUUUUAUUGAUUCAUCACGUAGUAAUUCAAGAUGUUCAAAUGCUUCAUCACAUUUAAGUAUUGGUUAUGCUGAUCAAGCACAAAUCUUUAUUAAUGAUGAUGAACUUGUAACAUCAUCUGAGUCAGACAAUGAUUAUGAUAAUAAUGAUAAAAUUGAUUUUGAAAAUGAUAUAUUUAAUUGUGAUAAUCCUGAAGAAAUAUCUUUACAAAUUAAUCUUGAUUAUCAUUCUUCAAGAUCAUCUUCACGUUCUUCAUCGAAUCAACAUAGUCAUAAUAGUACACGUACAUCAUCACCUAUACCUGAUCAAACACCUAUAAUUGCUAUUGAUGAAGAUAUAAAUGAAAUAGUACCUAUUCAACCAGCUCCAAUUGCUUUCAAUGAUGAUGAUAUUGAUGAUGAUAUUGAUGAUAUUAAUGACAAUGAUUUAGAAACAUUUACUUCUGAUCAACCAGUAUUAUCAUCAAGAUAUUUUCUUGAAUUAAAAUCUCAACAACGACAAAAUGAAAUUGUUCAUGAUAUUGUUAAUAUAAGACAUAUAUUAAAUGAACGUGAUAAUGAUGAUGAAUUUAUUGCUGUUAUGCAUAAUCCAUCUGUAUUUGAAGAAGUAUUAUUUGAUACCGAUAAUGAACAGAAAUCGGAUUUACUCAAGCAAACAAAUGUUAUUCCUAAUAAUUCUCAUAUAACAUCACAGCUAUCUAAUGAAAAUGAAUCAUUGGAUCAAUACCAAAAUCGACAAGAGACAGUAUCCAACAAUGAAAAGAAGAAUCCUUGUCAUAUAAUAACAAUAAAUAAUCAUUCUCCUUCUUCUAUCAAUCACUCUCUCAUCGAAGAAGAAGAAGAAGAAGAAAACGACCCCGAACAAAAUGUUAGGAUAAAACAUACAAAAGAACAACAGUUACAAGGAAAGUAUCCUAUCAAUAACAAUCUAAAACAAAUUAUCAACAGUAAAAACGACCAAAUAAUGAGUUCAGAUGAUGAUGAUGAUUUCGAAUUAUUAAAUACUCUUGCUCAAUUACAUGGUUUAGUUCAUACAUCUCGGUUAUCUUGUGAAAUUAAUCAACAUCUAAAUGAACCAAAUAUAAUCAAUGAAGAAGAAGACGACGAGAAAAAUAAUUUAUUACCAACAUCUCAUAACAAUGAGAAAAAAACUUCAAUUUUAUUUAAUAAUGAAGAGCAAAAGAAAUUUCUUGAAAGAAAAGAAGAUAAACAAUCAUCAAGUCUUCUUUCAUCAAUAACAUCUUCUGCUCUAUCUAAUGAUCAGGAAUCAAAUUCUACAGAUAUUAAUCUUGAUUCCGAUACAUCUUCUUCAUUAAUAAUAUUAAUGAAUGAAUUAAAUUAUUCAAUAUUACCUUCAAAUAGAAGAAAUCUAAACAAAAAUGAUCUUUUACAAAAAAUAACAAAUAAUAAUGAACUAUCAUAUUCAUCAACAAUCGAUAUGUUAUCAUCAAAAACAGAUUCUUCAUUCAAUGAUGAAGAUAUAAAUCAAACUGAAUUACAAUCUUCAGAAAAUCAAAAUCUUGAAAUCUUAUCAAUUAUUGAAAAAUUAGUUUCAGAUACUCUUCAAUUAGUAAAAAACGAAUCAAAACAAGAUGAUAAAAUCUUAACUGAACAUCGUUCAUCGUAUCAAAAUCAAAAUUUUGAAUCAUCAAAUCCUAUUCAAGAAAUUGUAUUUCCAUCAUUAUUUACCGAUUCUGUUAUUACAGUCAAUGAUAUUAUGAAACAUUCACUGACAACAACUGUCACAAAUCAAUAUAUUGAUGACAGAUGUAUACUUCAAGAUAAUUUUAGUUUAUGCAAAAAUGAAUCAUCAAUAACAACAACUGAUGAAAAAAUCAAUGAUGAAUCAAUAAAAUCUAAGAAUUUAUCAGAAACUCAGGAUGAAGAUAUUAAUGAAGCACCACCAUCAGCAACAAGAACAGUGAAUGAAGAUGAUAGUACAAGUACUGAUAGCGAUGAUGAUGAUGAUGAAUUAAAUGAAAAAGAGAAUUUCUUUGACAAUAAACCAGGUUUCGCACAAUUCGAAGCAUUUGCUAGUGAUCAACCACUUAAUUCACAAGUUCUUGAUUCACUAAGAGCUGAUAUUGAUAAUGAAUUAGAUCAAUCAUCUCAAAUACAAGAUUCAACAAUAUCAAUUGAUCAACAAUCUGAAAUAAUAAAAUCUACGGAUGGUGGUGAUAAUGAACCAUGGGAACUUGAAGAUAGUGGUGACGAAAAACUCAAACCAGUACCAACAGAUACAAUGCUAAAGAAUGAUUCAUAUACAAACUUCUUUCCGAAUAAUGAAGCAUCAUCAUUAACAGCUACAAUUGAAGGAUCAGAUGAUGACAAAGAGAAAGACAAUUAUGAUGAUUAUUUUGCUCAACAACAACAAUCAAAUGAACAAAAUGAAGCAUCACUUUCAAAAACUGUACGAUUCGAUGAGAAUAUAAAUAAUGUUGCUGUUUUAACACCAAAAGAUAGUCUUGAUCGAACAGAAUCAUCGGAUACACCUAUUGAUUCCGAUGACGACGAUGGCAUGGAAGGUAUAACAUUAAAUCUUAGAGCACCGAGUGAUCGAAUUGCUGAUCAUAUGAAUGAGACAGAAACAGAUUAUAAAAAUGAAACAAUUGAAGUGAAAACUACUACAUCUAUUCCACGACCCGAAAGUAAUAUAUCAUUAACAGAUAGCGAAGAAGAUUUACCACCGCCAUUGCCACCACUACCGCCCUUAAAUAAAAAAUCAUCUAGUCAAACCGAAAACAUUCCAUUAAAAUCAUCAUUAUCAUCAACAACUAAUACAGAUUUAAAACGUAAAGCAAAUUCACGUUCUGAACCAGAUAUCACUCCGACUAUACAAACAACAACCGAUGCAUCAUUACUUAAUACUACAGAGUCACAAUUAAAUCGAUCAUUUGAGUCAGGUAUAGUUAAAUAUAUAUAUAUUGAAUGA